AUGAAUGUAGUCUGCAACUGAAGACUUGUCAGUGAUUGUCUGCAAAGUCAAAAUCCCUCUUCCAACCCCCGUUCUACUUCCUCUCAUCUCAAAUUCUCAUCCUGCCCAACAAUCUUCAUUGUUUUCCUUUCCCCGCAAAGCCCGCCAGUGAAGAAUUCUUUAUGGCGGAAUGGCUGCUGGUGUGCCAUGGAUUGGCGACGCUGCUGGUGUUAGUGUCAUUCCUCUGCGGGCAGUGGCCCAUUUUUCAGGGGACCUUCAUUCACCGUAUUCAUUUCUUCAUCACAUUCGGCGCCUACGAUUAUUUCCGGCGAUUUAUUCAUUUCGUAUGUGGGUCUAGAGGCUCCAAUGCGCUUCUCUCUGUGGAGUACUAUUGUUGCGACCGCCCGAACCCCAUAAUUCAGUUGCUGUACUUAAUAAUAAUUGGAGGAACUUAUUAUUUCAUUGCGACGUCAUCAUUCAACUACAUACCGGGGUAUUAUUUAAGUGGAGUGCACAGGUACACAAGCUUCUUGGCAGUUGGAGUGGGCAUUCUUUUCUUUCUAUUGACUAGCUUUUCUGACCCAGGGGUUGUGAAUUCUGCAAAUGUUUCUCAAUACCUUUCUGCUUAUCCAUACGACAACGUUAUCUUCUCGGAGAAAGAAUGUUCUACCUGCAAGAUCCCUAAACCUGCUAGGUCAAAGCACUGCAGCAUAUGUGAUCGCUGUGUUGCUCGAUUUGACCAUCACUGUGCAUGGAUGAACAAUUGCAUUGGAGAGCGAAACACGAGAUACUUCAUGGCUUUUAUUCUUUGGCAUUUUCUCAUCUGCAUAUACGGAUUAAUUGCACUGGCAUUGGUUCUUGCUGGUAGAAUGAAAGAACUACAAGUUAUCCACAUUCUAACAGCUUAUUAUGGCAUUGAAAAUUCUUUCCGAAAGUUGGCUCCGUUUGUUGUACAGUGGUUGUUGAAUGCCUAUAACACACAAAUCCUUAUUAUGGUGUUUCUGGCUGUAAUUUCUCUGCUGCUAGCUGGUUUCUUCACGUACCAUGCUAAACUCUGCCUUACAAACACUACCACUAAUGAGCCAAAGGAAAUUAAAUAAUAAGUUGAAUGGCCAAAUAAAAUGCUCUUAUGCGACAUAAGAGCAUGUGAACAAAAAUUUCUGGACUAGAUGUACGUACUUCAUCUGUUUUCCGAAGAUUGGUAGCUAACUUUUUUAGGUCAAUCACAUGGUUUGUAGUAUUUGAUCUUUGGACUCCAAACAUUCUAAAUUGUAGUACUUCAAUCAAUUUUUCAAUUAUUGAAUAAACAAUUUAUCUAGCAUGAAACCAAUGCAAGGAAUUGGUCUCUUGAAAAAACCUACUUUACAUUUGUGAUAAUGGUGUUAUUUUCAAGUUUUUAUCGAAUGUUUUAAGAAUCUAAUUAGCAGCUACUGGUCCUUUUGAAGACCUGUUAUUUUUCUUAUAUUGAGCGAUUUGCUUUACUUUUAUGCUUGGUAACCAUAAUAAAAUUUGUUUGGAAGUUUGCAACACAAGCAUUCGUAGCACGUCACAAAACAUAAGUUUCAGCUGCUGAAUAGAAGAAGAAUCAUAAAAUCAAGAAAAAAUAUUACAAAUGCAAUUAGUUAUGAUAAAAAUAGAGACAUAAUAAUGCAUCAUGUAGUUGAUACUCUUUCAUAUAAAGUUUGAAUAUCUUCAAGCUUGAGAUAUUCUGAUGAAAUACCAUAACGAUAACAUGUUCGAGAAACAUCUGUAAUACACCUAAUAAACCUUUUAGCAAUAUGAUGCGGGCCAGGCCCCUAUAUGGUAGAAGUAUCAAAAGAGUAUGCCAAAACGAGAAUUGUAUUAAUUGUGGACGUGAGAUCCAUAGUUGUUAAAGGUUCAUGGCACAAAGGCGCCCUGGAGCCAAAGGUGUACUCCUUUUUAAAUCACGACGCAUAUUUAAUGAAUAAAUUAUAUAUUCACAUAUCAAUAUCUUUUAACAUCAAUAAUGCACAAACAAUUAAAUUUGCAAACUAGAAAUUAUAUUAACCAUUGUACCAUAGAAGGAAUAUGUAAAAUAACUAUUCUUAGGGGGGAAAAGGUUCAAAAAAGUGCAAGACUUACUCUGACUUCAUUUCUUCUCCAUCAUCAUUCAAUUCAUCAUCUGUAUCACAGCUAGAUUUUGUAGCAAUAAACACAUUUUUUUUAUUUCUUAAAAAAAAAAGUUCAAAGGCUGGGCCCCUGACGUUUUUUAAUACUAGGCAAAGCUUAAUCUUCAAAAUAAAUUGGGCUUUGACCAACUUUUUUCGUCGUAGCCUUGGAAAGGCUGGGCUUUCACAAGGCGCCCUGAGCAUGCGUAUAGCUGCGCUGUGAGAAACCAUAGGGCCAUUUUAUAAAAGUGAUGCUAGGCUUGCGCCAUGCCCUUUUAUGACUGUGUUAACAUCUAAGCUUCAUUUCAAUUCUCAUCUCUCUUAGAAAGGGAAAUGUGAAUUUCCAUCUCUGAGCUCUUAAAUCUAAUCAAGUCGUCUGUGAGCGUUUCAUUUUUGUUAAUUUUGGCAUUCUGAAAGCAUUUCUGGAAGAAUAUAGAAUAUAGAUGCAUACCUGAAAAGUUGGUACUUCUACUCAUAAAAAUCACCAAAUGAAGUAAAUGGCAAUUUGAGGUGUUGAUGACUAAACAAAGUGGUGAAACAUGGGUUUUGUCACUUCUCAAUUUUAUAAAUGGAAUGUCAAAUUCAGAGGCUUUUUAACUUUUCAUAUUUAUAGUUCUAAUCUCAAAUUGGCAGAGUUCUACGACUAGUGGAUAUUCAUAAGAAUUGCAAUUUUCAUGUUGUUUUGAUUAAUAUUACUUAUUGUUCUUUCCUUUUUUUUUUUUUUAAUCUUGAGUACAUGUGAUGUUUGAAAUUCUUGUUGUUAAAGUCUCAUGUUUUAUGUCCUAUAUAUUUAUAAUUCUAUGUUUAUAUUGAAUUCAGAUUAUCAAUUAGUUGUAAGUAAUCAGAUAUUCCUCUGGUUUCAUCCAUAAAUAGGGAAGCUAAGGAAGAAAAGAAGAAGAAUUGACCAUUUAAUUAUCCCAAACAAUAAAAAUGGUUGGAAAAGAAAAUAUAUAGUUACGUGUAUAUCAAUCUAUUGAAUUGCCAACACAUACUUUUUCAAGAUAGUAAUCGCUAUCUAAUAAAUUCAAAGGUUCUAGUAAAAAUGAAGAGUAACGAUAUCAUAAUAAGAUCCUAAUCUCAAAAAACAAAGGAAGGGGAGAUAUGGCGAAAUUGGUAAUUGCUACGGACUUAAUUGAUUGAAUUUUGGAAAUGGAAAUGUGAUAAGUGAUAGCUUUCAAAUUCAGAGAAACCCUUAAUUGAUAAAAAUGAACAAUCUUGAGACAAAUCCUAUUUUUAGAAAACAAAGGUUCAGAAAACGAGGAAAAGAAAAGGGAUGGGUAUAGAAUUCAACAAAAGUUAUUCUAUUGGAAGAGGAAUAUUUCCACUGGAAGUUUGUAAAGGAUGAAUCAUAAACAUUUACAUUGCUAUUAAAUGAUAGGGUAAAUUACAUUACACCUCCUAAGAUUUGGUCUAACUGGUAGAUAGAAAAUGUAAUUAGCUCCCUUGAGGUUCACAAAACAUUACUAACCCAGUUGAAAAAGCACAAAGUACUUAAAAACCCUCGCUCUUUUCCAACAAAAAGAAACAUAUGAAAUAAAAUUUGGUGAAAUAACCAAAAUGUCCAAAGAUACUAGCAUUUGAUACCCAUUUGUUUAUUUUUCUUGUCUCUUCGAAACGUCUCCCUCAUUUUGUUGUAUCUAGCCAUCUUUUUGCCUUUUUUAGUUGGCAAUCUUCACUUUAAAAUAUUGUAACAACAAAGUGAUCGAAGAUGUCUUACCUAAAGUUUGUCUAGGGAAGUUUUAGUGUGAAAAAAAUGAUUUUUGGAAUGUCACGUGUAUAAUUCGCUGGAACUCUAUUUAGUGGAGUUAUACGUAAGGCGAAACAAAUCUCAAGUCAUCUAAGUCAAAUCUUAAGAGAUGGGAUGUAAUUCCCUAAAUAAUAUAUCAAAUGAUUAAUGAGGGCUCGAAUUUGUACCUGUAUUAUACAAAAUAUGAAGUACAAGUAUUGAUUCCACCCUGAAGAAAGAUUUCAUCUACUCAUCAAAUCAUCCACACCAUAGUGGAGUAGAUCCUUUAAAGAAUCGAUUAAUUGGAUGCUAAUAAAGAUAGAGAUCCAUUGUAUAUGUAAAUGUUGGCAAAAUGACAUGUAUAGUAAGAGGAAAAUCCGCUUUAAAAAUAGUUGGGUUUCACGUCCCCCCCGUCACACACAAAGGCCUCUGUUCGUGGCCCAAAUUGGUUUAUCUUUUUGAUUCUUUAACAAAUGUGGGCGACAAUGAUUUUCUUUUAUCACAUGUGAAAUAGCAUACUCAUCCAAUAAAAAAGGAAUUCUUAUUUGGAACAGCCAAUCUAUUAAUUAACUGCGAAUUUUGAUUUGUUAAUUUAUUAUUUUGUCUAAUACAAAAAAAAGAAACAUUCUAAGAAUUAAAAUAUCUUGGGCGAUUUAUUUGGAUAUUGCUACUAGAAACUAUAUGUUUUUUGUUUUGAAGUUUUGUUGCUAGGCCAUGUGGAUUUGUUGGUCCAUAACUUGUGUUCCUUGUUAGGAUAGUUACAAGUGAAGUUACUGGGGAAAACAUUGACCUUCUAGAAUAUGAAUCUUGUUGAGUAUAUUCUUUGCCCUAAUGUUUCAUCCAAAAAGAAUUUGUACUCAAAAGAUGCAAGAAAUGUUGUUAACUUUAUAAUUGUUAGAAAUCUUUGAAUAGGCUUUUAGAUGAGCUUCAAGUUGAAGGUUCAACAACCGCACUUGAUCCAGUGGUCACAUUACAAGGGAACUAAAGAAUAAAUAUAACGAAUUAUAUUGCUAACUUCAAGAAUUGGAUUGGUUUUCCAAUUUAUCCUUGUUAUUGGGGUGUUUCAGUAAUUUAACCAAAAACUCAUAUAUUAGUGCACAUUUUCUCAUUGGAAUGUGAUCGGGAGAGCAACACUGCUAAAACUUAAAACUACAGGGAUGAUUUUGACAAGAGGUUGAAACCCAGGGAUGAGAAUAAUAUUUUCCAGUUUCUGAAGCUAUUUGCGGUUUUCUGGCACUGUGCAGAAUCAUAUGUGCUUUUAGAUAUCUGUGUCGGAGCGAUGCAAGUGACGUAAUGCUGACCCAAUUCCCUAUUCUUUAUAAAAAACAAAA